UAGACCCGGGCGCGGCGGGUGACGGAGGCGGCGGCCCGAGGAGCGGGCGGGAUCAUGGCGGACGGCGUGGACCACAUAGACAUCUACGCCGAUGUGGGCGAGGAGUUCAACCAGGAAGCUGAAUAUGGUGGACAUGAUCAGAUAGAUUUGUAUGAUGAUGUCAUCUCUCCAUCUGCAAAUAAUGGCGAUGCCCCAGAGGACCGUGAUUAUAUGGACUCUCUCCCACCAUCAGUUGGAGAUGACGUAGGUAAAGGAGCAGCACCAAAUGUUGUCUAUACAUAUACUGGAAAGAGAAUUGCAUUGUACAUUGGAAAUCUUACUUGGUGGACAACAGAUGAAGACUUAACUGAAGCAGUGCAUUCACUGGGAGUAAAUGAUAUUUUGGAGAUAAAAUUUUUUGAAAACCGUGCUAAUGGCCAGUCAAAGGGGUUUGCCCUUGUAGGUGUGGGAUCUGAAGCAUCCUCCAAAAAGUUGAUGGAUCUCUUGCCUAAAAGAGAAUUGCAUGGGCAAAAUCCUGUUGUAACUCCAUGCAAUAAGCAGUUCCUGAGUCAGUUUGAAAUGCAGUCAAGGAAAACUACACAAUCAGGCCAGAUGUCUGGAGAAGGUAAAGCUGGUCCUCCAGGAGGUGGCUCACGUGCAGCGUUUCCACCAAAUAACAGAGGACGAGGCCGUUUUCCAGGUGGCAUUCCAGGUGGGGACAGAUUCCCUGGACCUGCAGGACCAGGUGGACCACCACCUCCUUUCCCAGCUGGACAAACUCCACCACGUCCACCUCUAGGUCCUCCUGGUCCCCCAGGCCCACCAGGUCCUCCACCUCCUGGUCAAGUUCUUCCACCUCCAUUAGCUGGGCCUCCUAAUCGUGGUGACCGUCCACCACCACCAGUUCUGUUUCCUGGACAACCCUUUGGUCAGCCUCCGCUGGGUCCACUUCCUCCUGGUCCUCCACCUCCAGUUCCAGGCUAUGGCCCCCCUCCAGGUCCACCACCACCACAGCAAGGUCCACCUCCGCCUCCCGGCCCUUUCCCCCCUCGUCCGCCUGGUCCACUUGGGCCUCCCCUGACACUUGCUCCUCCUCCACAUCUUCCUGGGCCACCUCCAGGUGCUCCCCCACCUGCUCCACACGUGAAUCCAGCUUUCUUCCCCCCACCAGCCAAUAGUGGCAUACCUACUUCAGACAGUCGUGGUCCACCACCAACAGAUCCAUAUGGCCGACCUCCGCCUUAUGACAGGGGUGACUAUGGUCCACCUGGCAGGCGUUUCACUGGAAAUAACAUGUCCAUAAGAGAACAAUUACAUAUUCCAUUGUAUUGGAGGCAUACGAAAAAUAAUACUCAAAACUCAGGGAGAGAAAUGGAUGCAGCAAGAACACCUUUAAGUGAAGCAGAGUUUGAAGAAAUCAUGAAUAGAAAUAGGGCCAUCUCAAGCAGUGCCAUUUCAAGAGCUGUGUCAGAUGCCAGUGCUGGGGACUAUGGAAGUGCUAUAGAGACCUUAGUAACUGCUAUUUCCUUAAUUAAACAAUCCAAAGUAUCUGCUGAUGAUCGUUGUAAAGUACUUAUUAGCUCUCUGCAGGAUUGCCUUCAUGGAAUUGAGUCUAAGUCUUACGGUUCUGGAUCAAGAAGACGUGAACGGUCAAGAGAGAGGGACCACAGCAGGUCAAGAGAAAAAAGCAGGCGUCACAAGUCCCGUAGCAGAGAUCGCCAUGAUGACUAUUACCGGGAAAGAAGCCGUGAACGAGAGAGACAUCGUGAUCGUGACAGAGAUCGUGAUAGAGAACGUGACAGAGAACGAGAGUAUCGCCAUCGUUAGAGAAGAAUCUGAAGAGAACUUUGCUGAAGGAAGAGGAACACCUUGCAAAGACAAGAAACAUUCUUCAUGGAAAGAUGCUUGUCCAGCGGUUUGCUUCUUAUGAUUGAACUGAGCCUGUAAGGAUUCAUGGAUAAAAUGAACAGGAAUAGAUCUGAAUAAAGCAAAUCUGCAUACAUGGUAACCAGUAGCUCUUUUACUUUUUUAUGUUGCUUAACUGUUUUAUUUGAGGGAAACCUGUGUGAUUUAAAACUUAUAGCUUUUGCAACUUUAUUACUGGUUAUAUACAUUUGGCAACUAUAAUGUGCAAGCAAUUGGAAAAAAAGUCAAGUAAAUCCUUGUUUUUAUAGUAGUUUGUUCUUGUUAAAAAUGUUCAUAUGAUAAUGUCUGUACACAGCACCACUUUGAUUACAGUAGAUGUAGUGUUGUAAUAAACUCUUUAAUGGGGCUGAUGUGUAAAGCUGUUCAAGUUAUUUGAUGUUUACACCUCAGGGAAAGUCUUGUGUUCAGCAAUAUUUAAAGAUAAUGAUUCUAUGAAAACAUUUAUACUGUCUUUAAAAAAGCAUUGCAAUAGAGUUUUUGCAUAUGCAUCAACCUAAUCUUGCGUUCAGUGACUUAAAAAUACUAAUGCCACUCUUUCACACUUGAUUUUGAUAUACAAAUAGGUGAUUACACAAAGGCUUUAAUAAUUUGCUUUUCCAGCAAUUUUUACAUAGAUGGCCUGUGAAUUUGCUGAAAGGCAUGUAAAAUUGUAAAAACUGCAGUUUGAUUGACAUUCUGUGAUCCACAUAGUCUGUCAUUGUUUUGGGGAGAGGAAAUCCUAGGUUGAUGAUUUUAGUAAACUGAAAACUGUCUCCUACAACAUGCAGCUGGACUAAGACACUACAGUUUACAUUAUUUUCAUUUAAACUCUUAAUGUUGGGAAAAUGCUGGCCUUUUUGAAAUACAGCUGCAGUUGUUUACGGUUUUAUGUUAAUAAUGCUUGUGUUUGUUUAGGUUUUUCCAAGGCCAUAGGCAGUCUGUACAUAGCUGUAUAUUAGAAAAAUGUGACCGAUGAAACCAGUCAUGAUGUUUCCACUUUUUCAGAUAAUAUGGAUUCCAGUGGGCUUGGUAUUUCCUUAAAACUGGGGUUUAUCCACACAUCUGUGUAAAAGGGGGAUGGUAUGCUUGUACAUUCCUUGUGCACUGGUGGGGAAUACUUUAUUGCCUUAACAAAAAGUGAAAUAGAUUUAGUCAUGAGGUUUUGCAAACUUGUCUAAAAACAAUUUAUUGGAAGUUGGAAUUCAAACAUUUUAAUAUCAGAGUAUGAACUAAAGAAUGAAAGUAAAUUUCAAAUGACUAGAAUUUGUUCUAAAUUUUAUGAAGGAUAAAAAUUAGAAUAAUAGGAAGUAUGUAUAACACUUGGCAAAUUUACAAUUUGCUUUUGCAGACUGGUGUGGAUGUUCAUUCUUAAAAUAUAUUUUGAGUCACUUUAAUAGAUUAGUCUGAGAAGUUUUCACUUCUUAUACAGAUAGCUUGCAGAGCAUGUUUUAAUGUUUUAAGCUAAGUUUCAAGACCUCAGUGGCUUCAAAAGGUAAUCUUUAAAACAAAUCAUUGGUUUGUUUUAUAACUUAAUUUUAUGUUAAAUAUUAAGGCCCUAUUCAGGAAAACACAUGCUUAUGUGCUUUAUUGAACUGGGGCCUAUAUCCUGUGCAACUGCAGAAGCGUUCUAUAUAAUACUGAGACUCUUAAUUUAAUUUUUGUCAUCUACCAUCACGCUAGAUUUUCUGCAGAUAGGCUGAUAAUAUUGGACUUGCCCACAUGCCUCUGCACAUUUUUAUUUCUUAAAUUCUGUACCUCAGGUCCUCAUGCAUGGGAUUAUUGGUGUUCUUGCUUUUGACUUUCAGAUGUUUAACCCUGUUUAAAAAUGAAAACUGACUUUUAAAACUUUGUAUACUAAACAUUGUAUCAAACAAGUCACAUGACUUUUUUCCUGUUUUUGUGAAUAGGUGUUGGUUUUAACUAGUUCUGAUGUAACUUCAUAGCUUUCUUAACAAACAUUGUUUAUUUUCUGUUACUUGUAAUAAGUUUAAGGGAAGAGAGAACCUGCAUAUGCCUAUUACAUGGGAAAUAGCUAAUACCGAAGGGUCAGCAGGUAAGUAAUGUGUCCACAUGGCUAGAAAGCUUAAACCCAGAAAAGAAGUAUUUUUUAAUUUCAUGACUAAAAUUAAAAAAAUUUAAGCAGGAACCAAGAUUUUGUUCCAUUUAGUUAUUUGAAAUUGAUGAAUGAUACUGUUACCCUUUCCACAUUGGGUAUCAUUUCUUUCCCUUCCUUAUCCUUCUGUAGAGACUUCUAUUGCUGGCAAUGGAGGCACCAAAUAUCCAACAUAAGAGUUAAACUUUUAAUAGAAAUCUGUCUGGCUUGUUGGUGAGGUCCUAAUAUAUGAGGCCCCUAAUUUCUACCUAGUCUCAAUAUGUAUAUAGUUUGAGUGGUUAGAUAGCGAUCUGGUGUAUCUUGUGACUAGAUGGAUUAUCUCUUCAUUGUGGGUUUACUUUUGUCAAAUCUGUUCUGGUUUAAAGUGAAAAGAUCAUGUGUGUAUAAAAAUAAUCCAAAAACCCUUGCAGACACCAAAAAGGAAUAUGUCCCAUUAUACGUUUCAUGUGUGUAAUUAGAUCUGCAGUGGAAUUUGUAUCAUGCUUCAGUUUAUUAAGCAGUACUGAAAAUUUUCUGUGCCCUCUCAGGAGAUGUCAGUUUCGUAGUUUACCAGCAGGUGAUGCUGCACCUGCAUGAUGCGUUAAUUUCUCUUGAAGUGUUCUUUGGUAUCCAAUUGUAUUUAACCUGCUUCUGUUUGUGAAAGGACAAAAUAGUCUGUUGGGAAGUACAUGAUAUUUUGUACGUGGGCAUUCAUAAGUAACAUUUUAAGUUAACAUGAUAUGGCUCUUGUCCAAAGGAUUAAAUGGUUACCUGAAAUAAUGAAUUUUUUUUAAAGCAACAAAAAUAAGAUUACUUUUACAGUCAGGUUAGCUAAGAAAGUUAGUCGGCUUUCUAAAAAGGUGUUUUUACAGACCGAAAAACAGUGGAAUAUAUUGGGGAAACAUGCACCUUUUGCUCUCGUUCCCUCUCUGUUCUUUAAUGUGCCAACAACCUACAUUCAGAUUGUAUUACACAAGACAGGCAUUUGUCAAAUUUUGUUUAAAAAUUACAUACAAUUCGGCUCUCAAAUGGCUAUUGCAUUUGUAUGUGUAAGACAAAAGAUACCUUAUUAAAUUUAGGCUUUAACUUA